CGCCGCUUCAGUGCUGUGAUUCAACUGGAGAAAGGAUAAAGUGUCCAAACGCAGAGAAAAACUCCUGCUGAAGCGACUGAUCUCCACACUGUUAUAAAGAUGGCGUUUAUUAAAGAGGAGAGUGAAGAUGUGAAGAUUGAAGAAACAUUCAGAGUCAAACAGGAAGAUCUGCAGGAACAAACAGACCUGAUGGUGCUGAAAGAAGAGACUCGUCAACAAAAUGAAAUGGAAGAGAAACAGCAGUUUGAGAACCCCCAAGAAAUAAUGACUGAUGAAAAACCCACACUGACUAAAAAGACAUCAUGCGGAAGACCAUGGAAAUCCAAAUCUAGGUGUAAUUUCAGUAGUAAACAAAGUAGAAAGAGUUUCAGUCAAAAGCCAAACAUUGAUGUUGACAUGAGAGUUCACACUAGGAAGAAACUUUACACAUGCAAACAGUGUGGAAAGAGUUUUGGUCAAAUACAAGGCUUUAAAACUCACAUGGGAAUUCACACUGGAGAGAGGCCGUACAGAUGUCAACAGUGUGGAAAAGGCUUCUAUAAUUCAGGAAACCUUGCAGUGCACAUGAGAAUUCACACUGGCGAGAGGAAGUACACAUGCCAACAGUGUGGAAAAAGUGUCUAUAAUGCAGGAAACUUGGCAAUGCACAUGAGACUUCACACUGGGAAAAGAAAGUACACAUGCCAACAGUGUGGAAAGAGUUUUAAGCAAAAUGGCACCCUUGAAGUCCACAUGAGAACUCACAAUUCCACAAGUCCACAAGGAAGAACUUUUACUUGCACACUGUGUGGGAAAAGUUUUGCUCAAAAACAAAACCUUGACAUCCACAUGAGAAUUCACACUGGAGAGAGGCCGUACACAUGCCAACAGUGUGGAAAAAGCUUCUAUCUUAAAGGAAACUUUGCAGAGCACAUGAGAAUUCACACUGGGGAGAGGCCGUACACAUGCCAACAGUGUGGAAAAAGCGUCUAUAAUGCAGGAAACUUGGCAAUGCACAUGAGAAUUCACACUGGGGAGAAGCCUUACUCUUGCCGCCAGUGUGGAAAGAGUUUUAAGCAAAAUGGCACCCUUAAAGUCCACAUGAGAACUCACAAUGGAGAGAGAAAUUUUACUUGCACACAGUGUGGGAAAAGUUUUGCUCAAAAACAAAACCUUGACAUCCACAUGAGAAUUCACACUGGAGAGAAACCUUACAAAUGCACAGAGUGUGGUAAAAGUUUCAGAUGUAAAAACACACUCAAACACCACAUGAUAAGUCACACUGGAGAGAAGCCGUUUGCAUGUGCUCAGUGUGGAAAGAGCUUCACAACCAAAGAUAGCCUCACAAACCACAUGAAUGGUCACACUGGAACCAUAGUGUUCACAUGUGACCUGUGUGGAAAGAGUCUCACACGCAAAGACACCAUUAAGCGACACAUGAAGACUCACUCUGGAGAGGAUCAUUUUAGAUGCAGUGAGUGUGGAAAGAGCUUUAAAUGUAAAAGAAGCCUCAGCUCUCACAUGAAGCUUCACAAUAGAGAGUAGAGUCCUCAAAAUUGAGGCCUUGUCCACACAAACAUGGGUAUAUUCAAAACGGCAGCUUUUUCAUGUAGUUUGGCUCUUUAUUGACGUGAAGUUUAUUUAUAAACUACUUUUGAGAGAAUCACAUGCUUAUGAUUGUCCACCGAUGGUCCCGCAUUAGCCAACAUGGGUCUCCCCCGGGUUCCUCCAACAGUCCAAAAAACACACAACCUAAGUAAACUGAACAUUUUAAAUUGGCACAAUAGUCGAGCUCUUAGUAAGCCUUCUAUCUCCCUUUACCCAUCUCUAUAUCAAUUAUUAGAAGAGAAACAAGUCAAAACAAAAACAGAGAUGGAGGAGAAAACUUAACAGAAUAGUGUGAAAGAAUACCUCUGAUCAACACUAUCAUGUUUUUAGAAAUUGCAUUAAUAAUUGUGUAAAACUCUUUAGGUGACAAGCAAAACCAUGUUUGAAACAGAAGUUAUUGUAAUUAAGAAUGUUCCCAUGGCUAUCCAUCAUAUCCAAUAAAGAAAAAAAUAUUAUUUUUAACCCAAUUUUCAUAAAAUAAAGACUUAUUGCGAUAUAAAAUAAAACGACUGUUCGAUAAACAAGUUUUAUGAGGACUGAAAUUAUGGGAAAAGGCUAGUUUCAGCACAUUAGUUUAGAUAGUUUAGUUUAGACAGUUCAAAAUCAUAUCUGAUCAAAAAGUAAAUACCACCUACUUUGUGAGACUUGAUGAUGCCUCAGAUGCACGUAAGAUUGCAUUACUACUUACCGUCGCACGACCACAAUCUAUAGAAGUGUUUAAAGGGCACCUAUGGUGAAAAAUCUACUUUUCAAGCUGUUUGGACAGACAUAUGUGCAUGUAUGGUGUAUAGACCGUCAUAUUGGGGUGAUAAAAACACACCCAGUCCUUUUUUUCAAUUUAGCAACAUAAAAAACGGUGGACCGCAACUUUACGUAGGAGUGCGGUCCCCCCGCCCACCGAAUUGAUUGACAGCUGCACGUAUUAACAUGUCCCGGUAGUCACGUGUAUAAUCAUCAGCAAGAGAGGACGAGUGCAAAGCAACCGGGAAUAAAAGGUGUGUCCAGUUCGUUAGGAUCAUCAAUCAUCAUCAGAUGUGUAAGGACAAAUAUGAUGGGGUAAUACAGAUGUGAAACUCAAGAGUGAGUUUCACGUGUUUAAAAUGUUUUAAACGUGUGUAAUGAAUUACAGCGAUUUAGCUUAGCUUUACUUCAUCAGCACAGCCGAGUGUCAGAACAAUUAUAAAGGAAGACGCUUCAGUCCCGGUUUGUGGACGUUAAAUCAGGUUUAUUUUGUACAUUUCCAUAACAGAUAUCCAUACAGCAGUGAGGAUUAACCUGUAUCCUGUCACAUAUGGGUGCAAAAAGAGUGCAAAGCUAAACGGGCGCUCUGUCUGUCUGUGUGUGUGUCUGCGCGUGUGAACUUUGUGUGACCCUGCCAUGCAACUGCACAAUAAAGACUAAUUGGUAAAGUUCUUACUGUAGUAUUUCUCACAAACACUACAUGAGAUCUACUUCCUUUAUGUCUGUCUGUUGUCUGACGCUGCCGAGGGAGGAGAUUAAGGCACGCAGAAAAACACGUAGAAACGGUGGGCGGGGAGGACUAGCCUUAAAGAAGCAGUACACCAAAACCGCCACCCAGUGAAAAAAAUUAUAAAUAGGAAUUUAAUAAAAGGUAUAAUAUAAAAUCUGAUGGGUGUUUUGAGCUGAAACUUUACACACAAUUUUUGGGGACACAAAAGACUUAUAUUAAAUCUGAAAAAAUGGCUAACCUAGGUGCCAUUUAAUACACUCGUGUUUGAUCAGGAAGAGGAUAAGGACAAAUAUGAUGGGGUAAUACAGAUAUUUGAUGCACAUUGCUCACCCAGAAAAAAUGAGACAUUUGAAAGGUAUGUUUUUCAUUCUCAUCUGCAGCAACAGGGAGAUACUUUUGACAGUUUUUUAAUGGAUUUGAAGUUGAAAGCAAAACAAUGUAAUUUCGGACUGUUGCAGGACUCAGGGAUUCACGACCAGAUAGUGUUUGUCAUCAAUGAUAAAAAAAGUAAGGGACAGGCUCUUGAGAGAAACUGAGCUUACUAUGAAUGAAGCUGUACGGAUUUGUCAGCAUGCUAAAACAUUUUAUGAAAUAGCAAGAAUGAGGGGAGUUGACUGUUUAGCCAUUGUGAUGGAACAGAUGCAAAGAGGUGGAAAGAGGAGAGUGAAACCACAGCAGUAUGAAUUCUAGGCCAACACAUUUCCUUUGGCUGCUGUAUAUAUCACAUAGGUAGGUGCCACCCUUGUGAAAGGCAACAGCCAAAAAGUAAAAGACAAACAAGAGUUUCACAGUCAGGGAAUCAAACCCCAGUCUUCCUCAUGACAGGCAGAGACACUGUCUACUAUACUAACGAGGAGAUGCACAGUUAGAACACCCGUUCCCACCCCACACAGAUCACCAAUGUAAUCCAUUCCUAACAGCAUUGUCUGCCGCGCUGGCCCUAAAGACCUUGGCUGACAGCAAGAGGAGGGUUGAAAACUGGGCUUGGACAGCUUUUUUUUCAUUAAUAUUCCUUGCUUCUUCAUCAGUCUUCGACUUGCCAUCAGCAGUAACUUUAACAGUGCAUCACACAGGAGAACGUUAUUAGCAUGUUUUGCAACAAACAAAGCACAACGUUCAAUCUUACACAUAGCCCAGCUUUUACUCCACAAAAUGUCAGCUUGCCCUAUCAUGAGCAGCAUCCAGUCAACCCUUGCAAUUACAUUUAAACCGGGGAAGCUCAUUACAGUGAAUACUAGGUGACAGAACAUGAGAACUCCACCACUGCAGAGUGAAGUUAUCGACCUUGUAUUUUUUGGUGCGGCUGUACCCUUGAACGCUUUAUCCAACCUCAACAUCAGAAAGAGAUGGGAUCCUUACUGGAUAUGUUUUUUUUUUUUUCGCCCACACAGAUAACUCCUUAGUUGAAACCUUUCAUUUUCUAUACUUUUGUGAGAGGAUGUCUACAAGUGUUGGCAAUAUAGUGGUGAGCAUAACUGGCUUCUGAAGGAUUCUGAUUUAUACCUUUUAAUCCGUUUCAGCAUGAAUCAACAAUUUUUUCAACUAUACCUUUUUGCAUCAUCCUGUUUCUCAUUAUCUUUAUUUAAUAUGAUUAUUUGAUUAUUUAAAUGAGUAUUUAACUUUGAAAUGAUUUUAACUAAUGAAUAAGUUAACACACUGCUCUAUGUAAGAAUGUUCAGUGCAUUUGCCUGUCUCUGUAACUUUUUUAAGAACCACCAAACUAGAUCAGAGGUCACGGAGACCUCGAGUGGAACUGAGGGCUGAGGACUGGAAGCAACUGUUUCUAUUGUUAUUUCUAUGAGUUAAUACUAUCUAAAAUGUCUGAAGUGAUUUAGUUAUUUUUACGGUUAAUAAAUUUAAAGUGACUCUACUUUUUAUUCAAGAUAGACUUUGUGUAGUAAGGAUAUAACUGCCUGAAUGUAAAUUAUACUGGUUUUUAACCAGUUUUGAUAAAGACGGCUGAGAGUACACUCAGCCUUUGGUAAGAAACAGAUUAUACUUUAAGUGUGUGUGUUCUAUUUGAUUUUGGAUCAAUUUCACAGGUCUGGAGUCAGCUCUAAACAGUCUAGUGGAUGUCUGACAUUUAUGCUUAAGAUAUUGUUCAGAAUUGUACGCACGCACCUCAUGUGGAGAUUUUCCUAGUCUAUCUGUGUUUUAACAUCAGGUUAGAACACUGUAUGACGCAGUUAUUGACGUUAUGUGAGGAUAUAAUUGUUAAUAAUUUGUGAUUGUAAGCAGAGCGGCCUAGGAACUCAUUUUCGAGUGUUGAAGCUGGCUUUUGCUGAUGAAACU